AUGGCGAUACUCCUUUACGGUGCACCAUCCUGGGCGGAGACAAUGUCCCUGGUCCCAAGAAACAAGGCACUAGUUAACGGCGUGCAGCGGAAGGCGCUACACCGAAACAUCUGCGGCUACCGCACAGUGUCGGAAACAGCCACUAACAUCCUGCCGGCUCACCGCCUGCCAACUUACUGGCCGAGGAACGCAGUGCCUCGUUCAGCGAUAAGAGGUCUGGUGUACGCAGCGAGCACUCUUCCCGUAACACCACAAUGCGCGGAACACACGCUGGUCGAAUGUCCGGCAUGGGACUACGAGAGAAUUCAGCUGGAACGUGCGAUCGGGUGCACAGUAACAGUAGCCAGCCUCGUGCCCGCUAUGCUGACCUCCCCCGCCAACUGGCAGGCCGUCAAAGAUUUCUCCAGAGCGGUAAUAACAAAGAAAAAGGCCGACGAAAGAGACAGGGAGCGACCAGGUGGAUCAUCUAGAGCAUCUAGAGCAAGAGCAAGAGUAGGGAGGGUCUAG